GACGGUUUGCACGUGAAUCACCGUGAUGGCCUGCAGCUCUGAUGUCGUGAAAAAAGUCUUGAGGUUCAAACUUCAGCUCUCAGGCACAGACGAGGCUGCUACGGUUCUAAAAAUCUUGCAGAAACUUAAAGAUCUGGAUAUCACAUUGGAUAUUCUUGCUGAAACAGGAAUUGGCAAAACUGUUAACUCAUUGCGCAGACAUGAACUGGCUGGAGAAUUAGCCAAGUCGCUAGUAAGAGGUUGGAAAAAGCUGGUCCCUAAAGAAUCCACAAGCCACACAGAAGAUGGGGAUGUAACAGAAAAUGUGUCUUUUAAAGACAAAUUGGACAAUCAAAACUCUCCAAGUAAUAAGACUUUGGCAGCAGAUGAUAUAAGUAAUCACUGCUUACAUGAUGAGAGUCAGGAUACUUCAGAUGAGUUCCCAAUGAAAAGGCAGAAAAGAAAAAAAGAUUCAGUCAGUGACAUAUGUGAAAAUGGUCAACAGGAUAAAAACCAGAAGGAAAACCAACAAAUCUGGGAGAAUGACUUAUUAAACAAAACAAACAAAAUCCACGAGGAUAAAAGGGAUCAUCUGAAGAAGAAGAAAAGUGAUCGUCAUCAAAAAACAAGAGAUGAUGAUGAUGAUGAUGUGAUCAGAAGCAAAAAGUCAGAGGAGAUAUUUCAGAAAUCUAAGCCCAACACCAUGGAAAAACUGAAACGUUUUUCUGAUCAUGGAAACUUUGGUCCAGAGAAAGAGUUGGAUAAGAAAUUGAAAUCUUCAAAACAAUCCGGUGACAAAUCCUCAAAAAUAUCAGAAAAUGUUAAAGAUGGCAGAUCUUCAGGAAUAUCACAGGCUCAAAAUAGAAAAAGGAAGAAAUCUGAUGCAGAGAAAGAUGUCGGAAUCAAAUUCAAAGAGUCAGAAAACACAGGAAAUUCAGCCACCAAAAACAAAGAAGCAAAAAUCAAGCAAAAGGACAGGGAGAGUCACAGUGACCCUGAAGAACCGACCAUGUCAUUUGAAUCUUACUUGAGCUAUGACCUGAAUUCAUUGAAGAGGAAGGAAGGAUCUGGAACUAAGAAACGUCUCAGAAUAGUCAAGACUGUGGUGAAAGGAGAAUCGGCAAAAGAUCCAGAAGUGAAACCUGUCAAGUCCCAGAUCAUGUCUGUAAAUGUUAUCUCUCCAAAAAAGAGGUUUAAGGAGUCUGUAAAGGACCCGUUGAACCUGCCUGAAAAUGAAAACCCACCCAGUGUUGAAUACUUUGAAAGGAAAGUUGAGAAGGAACCAGAUUUUUGUGACGAUUUUGAGGAAUCUGCCAUCUUCACUGGUCAACGACUUAACAAGAAGAUGCAAGUCUAUUCUGGUGCAAAGACAGUCUUCCUCCCAACCAUGAUGAGCCUUUACCAACAAUGUAUCCGCACGCUGCAGAACAAUCUAAACUUGCUUCACGAAACUGGCGGAGUCCCAUUUGAAAUCCUCGAGCCAGUGUUGGAGAGGUGUACGCCGGAGCAGCUGCUACACAUUGAAGAAUGCAACCCAAUCUAUAUUGGCGUGACUGACCACUUAUGGGGAAAACACUGUCAGAGAGACUUUAAGGACUCCAAACUUCAGGAGUAUGAGUCAUGGAAGGAGAUGUACAUCAGACUGUCUGAGGAGAGAGAGAGGAAACUCCAACAACUGACAAAAAGCAUCGUCUCAGCGCAGUCGAUGAAACCCAAAGGUCGGCAGGUGAAGAUGGCAUUUAUUCACACUGUUGCCAAGCCACCAAGAGAUGUGCGAAUUCAGCAGGAAAUUCAUGGCACUGCUGUUCCGCAGCCUCAUCAGCUCAGAUGCAGUGUGAAACUUCCGGACAGCAGAUCCAGGCCAAUGUCUGCUGAGCCCACCAGGUCCAGCAGCACCAGUCCAGGGACGAGCAAUUCACAAGACCCCCGCAAAAAAACAAGAGUUGCUCCAAUGAUGGCAAAGUCCUUAAAGGCAUUUAAGAAACAGCUGGGACGCAGAUAACUGUUCUCAGAUGAUCUUUAUAACGUGGAUGUGGGGAAAGUGCACAUUUAUUCAUUACUUUUGGAUGAUGGUAGCCCUGUGUUCAUAUUGGUUUAUUCGGUGUUCACAAACACAUAUAAAAGCAAUCAUGUUUUUUUCUCUCAAACUAAGUACUCAUCACAAUUAAACAGACAGUGAAAAAAGCACAUUCAAUCUGGUAUUUUGUCUGGAAGCCUUUUGAUGUAAAUAAGAUUGGUGGAGUGUGGCUCCCUCUAGAGGAAACGGAUGGUUUUGUCUACAUUCUCAAAUUCCUUCAACAAAACAAAACAAAACCCCUAGUGCACAAAAACAGCUCAUAGUGAAACUUGCAACAAAUAUUUAGUCAUUGAUAUUCGGGGUACAGACUCUUAUCAGUCUGUUUUUGAGCUAAAUAAUGAGAAGAGCUUAAAUGCGUCAGUGUCUGCCACUUCCCAAGGACCGUUUAUCUAUAUUUGUUUUGGAAUAACUCAGAACAACUGCUUGAGAUAUUUGAAGGAAGACCCUGAACCUGCCUCCAAUACCCUCUGUGGUGGCUUAAACUGUGUCUCAUUCCCUUUGGAUGUUUUAAAUUACCAACAGUACUGCAAGGAAAUACUCAGUAUUUACUUGGCAAGACGCAUGUGUUAAUUCAUAUAAAACAGGCUGCAAUUAAACAAUUGCAUUGCAUCCUUAUAAUUAAUUUAAAAACUGUUAAUACACACAAGCUAGUGGUGAAAGGGGCUGUUUCAUCGAUGUUACAGAAGACCGGCUCCGACUGUGACCUCUGACCCCAAGGGGAGCAAUAAAGUUAAAUAUAAUAUAAAACAGGAGAAUAUAUUAUCUAUUAAAUCCUGUUGCCACGUUAGUUCUUUGUAAUAUUUAGAUGAAACUGAAUUAUGGUUCCUGUUUCUUUGGUUCAUGUGACGAGUCAGUCAUUCUAAUUUACUUGUGUUUUUUAGCCACUAUUUGAGGAAGGUUUUUUUUCUGCUAUAUAAUUUCAUUUCCUCUUGAAGUCCAGUAUGUCUCAUUAUUGACUUUGAAUAGUUAUUUCUCCAUUUCUUAUUUAAAUAGGUGACUAUUACCAAAAGUGAUGUUGAAUUUGCAGUGGUUAAGAUAGCAUGGCUGCAAACGACAAUAAUGGACAACAUAAUGAUUAUAAUGCAACUAAUAAUUUUUUUAUUCUGAUAUACAGCUCAGGAAAAAGUUUAGAGACCACUGCAGUUUCCUCUGAAAUCAGCAUGUCUACAUGUAUAACAGCCGUUCCAUUCCUGUGUCUGUUGAAUUCCAACACAAGUACACCAAAACACCUGAUCCAUGUCUUAUUUAAGA